CCCUUGUGACUCCGAUGCCAGCACCAACCCCUGUCUCUCCAACGCCAAUCCCGGUGGCCCCAACACCGACCCUCGUGAUGCCGCCAGCACCCACCCCUGUGACUCCGACGCCACCCCCAGCCCCGGCCCCAGCGCCGGCUACAUCGACCGGCAAGUGCCCCGUGGACACACUGAAGCUACUUGCGUGCGUGGACGUGCUCAAUGGGCUGUUGCACGCGGUGAUCGGCAGUAGCGCCAGGAAUACAUGCUGCCCGCUGCUGUCCGGCGUUGCCGACCUCGACGCUGCUCUCUGCCUUUGCACCACCAUCAAGGUCAAGGCCCUCAACAUCAACCUCAUGCUGCCCAUCGCCAUCGAGGUGCUCGUCAACCAGUGCGGCAAGAGAGUGCCGAAAGACUUCCGCUGCCCUACCACCCCUGUCUCUCCGUCGCCAACCCUGGUGACCCCAACACCAGCCCUUGUGAUGCCGCCAACACCAACAUCGGUGACUCCGAUGCCAGCACCGACCCCCGUUUCUCCAACGCCAACUCCGGUGGCCCCAACACCGACUCCUAUGAUACCGCCAUCACCAACCCUUGUGACUCCGAUGCCAGCACCAACCCCUGUCUCUCCAACACCAAUCCCGGUGGCCCCAACACCGACCCUCGUGAUGCCGCCAGCACCCACCCCUGUGACUCCGACGCCACCCCCAGCCCCGGCCCCAGCGCCGGCUACAUCGACCGGCAAGUGCCCCGUGGACACACUGAAGCUACUUGCGUGCGUGGGCGUGCUCAAUGGGCUGUUGCACGCGGUGAUCGGCAGUAGCGCCAGGAAUACAUGCUGCCCGCUGCUGUCCGGCGUUGCCGACCUCGACGCUGCUCUCUGCCUUUGCACCACCAUCAAGGUCAAGGCCCUCAACAUCAACCUCAUGCUGCCCAUCGCCAUCGAGGUGCUCGUCAACCAGUGCGGCAAGAGAGUGCCGAAAGACUUCCGCUGCCCUAAUUAAGCUCCAUAGAUUACUAUAUGUACUAUCAGUAUCACCUGCAUAUGAAUGUGAUACAUGCAUUAAAUUCUCUUGUGUGGUCACACAGGUGACAUAUCGAAGUGUAAUAAUCUAUAUGUAC